AUGGUAGGAGGCUUGUUGAAUAUCGAUGUCAAACGUGAGAGGUCACGACUGAUGAAGUCUACUUUGCGACCCAGCGGUGCUCAUAUAAAUGACCCCGAAAAGUUUCGGCUCGAACUUCCAAAUCGUUUCGACUGCCUACAGGAUUGCGUCUCUGUGGAUGAGAUUAGCAACAGGUUGGUAGAGACGGUCCACACAGUUGGGUCAAAAUUCUUCAGGACCCACUACAAGGACAGGCCGCAGAAACUCUCCGAUCAUACUUUCAAGCUAAUGGCAAAUCGACGCGAUAUGACGCUGCAGCCCUCCGAUAAUGCUAAAGCCUACAGACAGCUCAAUAGAUACAUAUGGAAGUCCAUGCGAUGCGACAAUGACAAUAAUAUUAAAGAUACCAUAGAGCUAGAGCAUAGAUACAAGGGCUCCAAAAUUUGCAAGGGGAAUGUCUAUUGGGCAAAGUUAGCUUACAAAGCUGAAGACGGAGGAUGGCAGAGUUGUAACAUCCAAGCCAGAGGUACUGGGGGACAUCGAGAGGUUUUAUAG